AUGCGGUAUUCGACAUCCGGUAAUCCGAUGACGUCGUUUAGCAUUGCCAGCAACCGCCGGUAUACGACCGGCGGCGAACAGCGAGAGGAAACCGAGUGGUUUAACUGCACCGCUUUCGGUCGCCUUGCCGAUGUGUGCAAUCAAUACCUGACCCGCGGGCAGCAGGUGUAUAUUGAAGGACGCCUGCGAUCCCGGCAAUACGAACGGCGCGACGGUACACCCGGGUUCUCGCUGGACGUUACCGUUACCGAAAUGCAAAUGCUAGGAUCGCGCGGUGAGCAGCAAGACAGUGGUUACGCCGGCCAGCGUCGCGACAAUUACGGCGGCGGCGACAAUUACGGCGGUGGUGGCGACGAAGCCAUGGCCGAUGUUGACGACUUGCCGGUCUAG